AUGCCGCGCUCGCCGGGCUCCAGCGAGGACGAGGAGGGGCGGGGCUCGGAGUACCCGGAGGGGGACUCGGAUUCGGGGAGCUCCCGCGAGGGGGCGGGGCUAGGGGGGGUGGGUAACCCCGGGCCCCUCCCCCCCCGCUCCCGGGGGGGGCCCCGCCCCCCUCCGGCCCCCCCCGACGACGCCCACUUCAGCCGCAUGGUUUUCCGCAUCGGCAUCCCCGACCUGCACCAAACGAAGUGCCUUCGCUUCGACCCCGGCGCCGUGGUGUGGGCGGCCAAGCAGCAGCUCCUGUGCGCGCUGACCGAGGGGCUCCACGACGGCCUCAACUACGGCCUCUUCCAACCGGCGGCCGCGGGGCGCGACGCCAAGUUCCUGGAUGAGGAGAGGCCCCUGCGGGACUACCCCCAGAGCUUCGAGCAGGGAGUGCCCUACCUGGAGUUCCGGUACAAGACCCGCGUGUACAAGCAAACCAACCUGGACGAGAAGCAGCUCGCCAAGCUCCACACCAAGACGGGGCUCCGGAAGUUUCUGGACUACGUGCAGCACGGCUCAGCUGAGAAGGUCGCGCGCCUGCUGGACCGGGGCCUGGACCCCAACUACCACGACUCCGACUCGGGGGAGACGCCGCUGACGCUGGCGGCGCAGCGCGAGGGGCCGCAGGAGGUGGAGAUCAUCCGGUUGCUGUGCCUGGGGGGGGCGCACCUCGACUUCCGCGCCCGCGAUGGGGCCACGGCCCUGCACCGGGCGGCACGGACCCGGCGGUACCCGGCGCUGCUGGCGCUGCUGGACCUGGGGGGCUCCCCCAACUACAAGGACCGCCGGGGGCUGACCCCCCUGUACCACACGGCCAUGGUGGGGGGCGACCCACGGUGCUGCGAGCUGCUCCUGGCCCACCGGGCCCACAUCGGCACCGCCGACGAGAACGGCUGGCAGGAGAUCCACCAGGCCUGCCAGCACGGGCACUCGCAGCACUUGGAGCAUUUGCUGUUCUAUGGGGCAGAGGCGGCGGCUCAGAACGCAUCCGGGAACACAGCGCUGCACAUCUGUGCCCUCUACAACAAGGAGAGCUGCGCCCGCAUCCUCCUGUACCGCGGGGCCAACAAGGAGGUGAAGAACAACAGCGGGCAGACCCCGUUCCAGGUCGCCGUCAUCGCCGGGAACUUUGAGCUGGGGGAGUUGAUCAAGAACCAUCGGGACAGCGACGUGG